AUGUCUCACACCAAGCCAAAGGCUCCUGUCAACACGGGCGAGGUCGAAAUUGGUUACACCUACGAUGGCUCGGGCACCGAAGAUGACCCAUUCUCCCGUAAGUGGUUCAUCGCAGCCAUUGCGACCCUCUCGGUCUUCGCCGUGACCUUUACCUCCUCUGCAUACUCGGUGUCGGCAAAUGAAAUCUUUGAGGACUUUGACAUCAGCGCCGAGGUUUUCAUUGUCGGACUUUCUCUCUUUGUACUCGGAUUUGCGAUUGGCCCUGCCGUAUGGAGUCCUUUGGUAAGCUGUUAUACCACCUUGUCACUUCUAAGGAGCCCAACUAACCAUAUGUUGUUUCACACUAACUUUGGCUCAAGGUCCGAAUUAUACGGAAGGCAGAUUCUCUGGAUUGUCACUCACAUCGCUAUGGUCGCCUUUCUAGGAGGAUCCGCAGGCAGCCAAAACGUGGCCACCCUCCUGAUCUUGAGAUUCUUUGCUGGCACAUUUGGCAGUUCUCCACUCGUCAACUCUGGCGGUACAAUUUCUGAUCUCUUCCCACCUGCUCAACGUGGUCUGGCAUUGACUAUAUAUUGUGUUGUGCCCUUUCUCGGUCCCAUUUUGGGGCCAAUAGUGGGCGGAUUCGUGUCUGAGAGCGUCGGGUGGCGAUGGGUCCAGGGUGUCUGCGUGAUCUUCAUUGGCGUAGUCGGCAUUCUGGGAAUCGUCUUCAUUCCUGAGACAUAUGGCCCGGUGUUGCUUCAGCGACGGGCACGUAACUUAGCCAAAGCCGAUGGCAAGAUCUACGUGAGCGUUUUGGAAAAGAACCAAGGAAAGAAGCUGCCGUCGGAAGUCUUCAAGCGUGCUUUGUUCCGUCCCUGGAUCUUCUUGUUCCUGGAACCCAUUGUCUUGAUAGCAUCAGUUUACAUAGCUGUUAUCUACGGCACGGUCUACAUGUUUAUGGGUGCCAUGCCCAUCGUGUACAAUGAAGACCGCGGUUGGAGCGUUGGCACCGGCGGGCUGGUAUUCUUGGGAAUUGCUGUUGGCAUCAUCUUUGGCCUUGUCUAUGCCAUCUGGGACAACAACAUCCGCUACAUGAGGCUCUAUGCGGCAAAAGCUACAACCCCGGAGUCGCGCCUGCCACCUGCAAUUAUUGGAGGUGUCGCCUUCCCCAUUGGCAUGUUCGCCUUUGCCUGGACCAACUACCCCAGCAUUCACUGGUCUGUCAGCAUCAUUCUGUCUGCGCCGUUUGGCUUCGGCUGUGUACUCGUCAUUCUGCCAAUCAUGAACUAUUUGAUUGACACUUACACCAUCUAUGCGGCCUCUGUCCUGGCUGCAGCUGCCAUCUUUCGCUCGGUCGUGGGCGCUGUGUUUCCUCUUUUCACGACACAGAUGUACCACAGGCUAGGAAUUCACUGGGCUUCCUCUAUCCCGGCAUUCUUGACUCUUCUGUGCAUUCCAUUCCCUUCGAUUAUGUACCGCUACGGUGAAGCGGUCCGCAUGAAGUGCAAGUACUCAUUCGAAGCGGCAGAGAUGAUGAGAAAGAUGCAAUUGCAGCAAACAGCUGCUGCUCCGAUUACAGAAAAGAACAAGGACUUAUCCUCUGAGUGA